AUGGAACUAAGUAAAGAAACAGGUGAAGCUAUGGAAGUCGAAGAGCCAUCCAUUGUUAAUAAAAAAAAACAUUCUAUAUCAACGAUAUCAUCACCAGAACUUAAUGAUGUUAAGAACAAUCGGAGUGAUAAGAGGCAUAAGAAAGACAAUUUUCACAGUGAUGCCUUAGAAUCAUUGGAAUUACAAGUUACCCCUACUUUAGGUAUUUCAGAAUCAAUGAAUGCAUCUUCAUCUAAACCUGAAUACAUAUCUGAAGACUGCCAAGCUAUUCAAUCUAGUGCAUCGCCAAAAGUUUCUUCUCAAAAACUUGAGAAAAUUGAUAUAAAUAACACUAUAAAUAAAAGACGGAAUUCUGAAGUUGCAACACCUUUCACAUCCACGCCAUCAUUCAAUUGCAUGAUUCAAUCAUUGGAACAUGUUUUUAAAUAUUUGAAAACGCAUGAGCUGUUAUCAGCUUCUAGAGUAUGUACCGCUUGGCAUAUAAUUGCAAUGAAUAAAUCCUUAUGGCAGAAGGUUUGUUUAGAAAAUUCUAUGGUCUAUGACUGGGAAAAGUUUGUAAACACAAUUAAUCAACAAAGAACUGAUACAUUAAACACUAGACGUAUGUUGAGACCCUCUAUAGUUGAAGACUUGGAAAUUUUUUGGUUGCGAUUUGCACAUGCAAUGAAAAGAGCACAACAGUUAAAAUUCAUUGAAUUGUAUAAAUGUCCUGAGUUGGUUGUUGAAGAUAUUGUUUACUCAUUACCUCAAAUUGAAGUACUUAAUGCCACUUCAAUAAGAAAUCCAGAUUUGAUUAUAAAUACAAAAACUCCCAAUUAUUUAAUGUACCUAAACUUAAGUCAUUUGGGACAAAUGACAAAGCUCACAGAGUUAAGACUAAAAGGUUUAGCUGGAAUAAAAUUGACGGCAUUGCCAUCAUUUGAAAAUUUAAUAAAUUUGAAUAGAUUUUCAUUAACGUCUAUUAAAGAAUUUCCAAAAGAGAUCUAUCAGAGAUUGAAUACUAUUACUGAUAAUAUUGAGUUUUUGGAAAUUGGUGAUUGCGAAUACUUAACUAAGGAUUUUGCCGUGUCACUAAAAAGAUUUAUCAAUUUGAAAACAUUGAGAUUAGAAAAUUGCUGUAAUGGAUGGGAUCAAUCUGCACAUGAUGUUUUUACUGUCAUUAGAGGUCUUAAAAAGCUCAAUGUUCUGGAAUUGGUAAACAUAGAAUUCAGUAAUUGUGUCGAAGAGGAAUUGGAAAAAUGUGAUAGUAUUAAGGCUUUAUUGAUUAUUCCUAAUUAUAUGAAAAAAAUUGCAACUACUAUCUGUCACCUGAUUGACUGUCUCGAGAAACUCUCCAAGACAUUAACACACUUGGUUUGGUUAUUGACUCAUGAUGUAGUUCGUAUUACAGAAAUAUUUAUAAAUAAUUGUCAAAAAAUGAACAAGCAUACUUUUUGUACAUUAAAAUCAUCCCAUACCAAAGAAACGACCAACAAUAUACCUAAGCUCAGAACAAGAGAGCCCCGACAGCAACCAGGAGAUGAGGGCACUGCUGAAAAAGAAAAAGACAAGUCAGGUGGUAUUGUUGAUAUACUUUCAGUUGAUGAUCUAUGGAAACUGUUAAAUACUAUGAUGCCUGAUGCUAAGAUUAAGAUAUUUACAGUUCCCUCUUAUCGAACAGAUAGAGUAUAUUUAAAUAAACUGUUUAAUGACCUUUAA